UCGAAGGGCCGGUUCCGGCUGAAUGUCAGUGCUGGACUGUGGGCCGGGGGGGAAGGUGGUUGGCCGUCUCUCCAGCACCUCCGCCGCUGCCUUCUCCGCUUGUGCCGCCGCCGCGGGCGCCCGGCCGCUCGGCCGCUUGGGCAUGAGACCGUGAGGCAAGCGACUGGCCGGGGCCGCCGACAUGUUUGGCCGCUCGCGGAGCUGGGUGGGCGGGGGCCAUGGCAAGUCUUCCCGCAAUAUCCACUCCUUGGACCACCUCAAGUAUCUGUACCACGUUUUGACCAAAAACACCACCGUCACAGAACAGAACAGGAACUUGCUGGUGGAGACCAUCCGAUCCAUCACCGAGAUUCUGAUCUGGGGGGAUCAGAAUGACAGCUCUGUAUUUGACUUCUUCCUGGAGAAGAACAUGUUCGUCUUCUUCUUGAACAUCCUGCGGCAGAAGUCAGGCCGCUACGUGUGCGUUCAGCUGUUGCAGACCUUGAACAUCCUCUUUGAGAAUAUCAGUCAUGAGACCUCACUUUAUUAUUUGCUCUCUAAUAACUAUGUAAAUUCUAUCAUUGUCCAUAAGUUUGACUUUUCUGAUGAGGAGAUUAUGGCAUAUUAUAUAUCGUUCCUGAAAACGCUUUCGUUAAAACUCAACAACCACACGGUCCAUUUCUUUUACAAUGAGCACACUAAUGACUUCGCCCUGUACACAGAAGCCAUCAAAUUUUUCAAUCACCCCGAAAGUAUGGUUAGAAUUGCUGUAAGAACCAUAACUUUAAACGUCUACAAAGUGGAUAACCAGGCCAUGCUGCACUAUAUCAGAGAUAAAACUGCUGUCCCUUACUUCUCCAAUUUGGUCUGGUUCAUCGGGAGCCAUGUGAUCGAACUCGAUAACUGUGUGCAGACGGAUGAGGAGCACCGGAACCGGGGGAAGCUGAGUGACCUGGUGGCUGAGCAUCUGGACCACCUGCACUAUCUCAAUGACAUCCUGAUCAUUAACUGCGAGUUCCUCAACGACGUGCUCACAGACCACCUGCUCAACAGGCUCUUCCUGCCGCUCUACGUGUACUCGCUGGAGAACCAGGACAAGGGAGGAGAACGACCGAAAAUCAGCCUGCCGGUUUCUCUCUACCUUCUGUCCCAGGUCUUCCUAAUUAUACAUCACGCACCCCUGGUGAACUCAUUAGCUGAAGUCAUUCUGAACGGCGAUCUGUCUGAGACGUACACUAAGCCCGAACAGGAUGUUCAGAGAAGCUGUGCCAAGCCCAGCAUUCGGUGCUUCAUUAAACCCACCGAGACGCUAGAGCGGUCCCUUGAGAUGAACAAGCACAAGGGCAAGAGGCGGGUGCAAAAGAGACCCAACUACAAAAACGUUGGGGAGGAAGAAGAUGAGGAGAAAGGGCCCGCCGAGGAUGCCCAAGAAGACGCCGAGAAGGCUAAAGGUACAGAGGGUGGUUCAAAAGGCACCAAGACGAGUGGGGAGAGUGAAGAGAUAGAGAUGGUAAUCAUGGAGCGCAGCAAGCUCCCGGAGCUGGCGCCCAGCACCUCGGUGCAGGAGCAGAACACCACGGACGAGGAGAAGAGCGCCGCCACUGGCCUGGACAGCGUCCAGUGGAGCAGACCCUUCCUGGAUAUGGUGUACCACGCCCUGGACAGCCCAGACGACGAUUACCACGCGCUCUUCGUGCUCUGCCUCCUGUACGCGAUGUCUCAUAACAAAGGCAUGGAUCCUGAGAAACUCGAGCGGAUCCAGCUGCCAGUGCCCACUGCGGCCGAGAAGACGACCUACAACCACCUACUGGCUGAAAGACUCAUCAGGAUCAUGAACAACGCGGCCCAGCCAGAUGGCAAGAUCCGGUUGGCGACGCUGGAGCUGAGCUGCCUGCUCCUAAAGCAGCAAGUCGUGACCAGCACAGGCUGUAUCAUAAAGGACGUACACCUGGCCUGCCUGGAGGGAGCCCGAGAAGAAAGUGUCCACCUGGUGCGGCAUUUCUAUAAGGGAGAAGAAAUCUUUUUGGACAUGUUUGAAGAUGAGUACAGGAGCAUGACGAUGAAGCCCAUGAAUGUGGAAUAUCUCAUGAUGGACGCCUCCAUCCUGCUGCCCCCAACGGGCACGCCGCUGACGGGCAUUGACUUUGUGAAGCGGCUGCCGUGUGGUGACGUGGAGAAGACCCGGCGGGCGAUCCGGGUGUUCUUCAUGCUCCGUUCCCUGUCACUGCAACUGCGAGGGCAGCCCGAGACCCAGCUGCCACUGACGCGGGAGGAAGACCUGAUCAAAACGGAUGACGUCCUUGAUCUGAACAACAGCGACCUGAUCGCGUGCACGGUGAUCACCAAGGACGGCAGCAUGCUCCAGCGGUUCCUGGCUGUCGACAUUUACCAGAUGAGCUUGGUGGAGCCUGACGUGUCCAGGCUGGGCUGGGGAGUGGUCAAGUUCGCAGGCCUUCUGCAGGACAUGCAGGUGACUGGUGUGGAGGACGACAGCCGCGCCCUGAAUAUCACCAUCCACAAGCCUGCAUCCAGCCCCCAUUCCAAGCCCUUCCCCAUCCUGCAGGCCACCUUCGUCUUCUCGGACCACAUCCGCUGCAUCAUCGCCAAGCAGCGCCUGGCCAAGGGCCGCAUCCAGGCGAGACGCAUGAAGAUGCAGAGAAUAGCUGCCCUCCUGGACCUCCCGAUCCAGCCGACAACUGAAGUCCUGGGGUUUGGUCUCAGCUCGUCCUCCACCCAGCACCUGCCUUUCCGCUUCUACGACCAGUGCCGCCGGGGCAGCAGCGACCCCACGGUACAGCGCUCUGUGUUCGCGUCGGUGGACAAGGUGCCAGGCUUCGCCGUGGCGCAGGGCAUAAACCAGCAGAGCUCGUCCUCCCUGUCCUCGCCGUCGCCGUCCGCCAGCGGGAGCCCCAGCGGCAGCGGGAGCACCAGCCACUGCGACUCGGGAGGCGCCAGCUCGUCGUCCACCCCCUCGGCCGCCCAGAGCCCCGCAGACGACCCCAUGACUAUGGGACAGCCUCAGCCUAACCUUCCCGACCAGUUGGUGAUCGUCAGUGAAACAGAAGCAGAGGCCAGGCCCGGCAAGAGCCUGGCGAGGAGCGCGGAUGUGGAGACAGUCAGCCUGUGCCCCAGCCUCAUCCCCGCCCAGCAGCCCACCAUCUCCCUGCUCUGCGAGGACACUGCCGACACGCUGAGCGCGGAGUCGCUGACCCUCGUCCCGCCCGUCGACCCCCAUAGCCUCCGCACCCUCACCGGCAUCCCCCCGCCACCCACACCAGCCGCGGUGGGCACAGGGGCCCCGGGCGAGGGGGCUGCACAGCCAGAGCCAGCGGGCCCCGCCGAGCACUGAGUUGACCUCCCUUCGUGCGUGCGGCCCCGCUGGCAGGGACCCGGAGCAGCUGACACGACAGACACCUCGGGAGCAUCCGAAGUUCUCCUCGGCCCCAGUAACCACCUCCAACCAUCCUUGCAGUCCUUUGCUCCGUUUGAAUUCCCCUUUUACUUCACACCUCUUUGAGAGCAGGCUGGGACCAGUGGCGACACCCCCAGCGAACCCAGAUGACUGAGGCAGAGGAGGUUGGGCUGGUGUCAGAGCCCACGGCCCCAGGGCAGCAGGACCCACCGACAACACUCCCUUCAUCAGCCAGCCCCUCCCCAGUCUCGAAGGUCCUCUGCCACCGUCCCCAGUGAGCACAGAAGAAGCGGACGUGGUCACUUUGUGUAGAAAUUUGUAAAAAAGCAAACUUCGAUAAACAUCUCCUUUGGAUAUUUAUUCCUGCUUCUGGCAGCAGAUGAAAAACAUCUAUUUAAAAAGUUCAAAAAUAUCCUCCACCCUAAGGUUUGAUGUCAUGUUAGAAGUGUAAUAUUACUGUUGAGAUUUCAUUUUCAUUUUGCCUUGAACUUCCCAGCGUUUUGGGUUUAGAGUUCUCAGUCUGGCUUUCUCCAUUGUCUUAAGGGAUUCUCAUUUCUUUAUUACUCACUAACUCUGCAAGCCUGUGGAAUGAUAAAAGUCCCUUCCUGGAAAGUUUAGAGUAUUUUUUAAGCAAAAAUAAGGGAGAGACUCAUAUUCUCAGGUACACACAGAGCUGGGAGGGCUGAAAGUUUCUCUGCCGUGGCAGCCCAGGGGCCUUGCGUUACCCAGAAGAUCUUUCCAUGAAACGGGGAUAGUGCGGUCAGCUCCCCGCUCAGGACCAUUCCUCGUCUCUCCGGACUGAAACCAAACAGGACGGUUUUCCGGCAUCACCUUCGGUCGUCGCCAUCUCUCUAUUUGUCUAAGAAAGAACGAUUUGGGACUGCAGACACUCCAGCCCCUGUGGCCGUAAUGGGAAGAAGGCCAUGGAAACCGUCCUCCGAGUCCGUUGCCUGCUGCUAAGUGGUGUGGGUGCCCGCAUGCAGGGACAUCCCGAGAGCCAGCCCCUGCCCAGCUGCAAGGACGUGACGUCCGAGCUCACAGGGCCGUCCUAGGAGCUCGGGGUUUGUCCCUCUUCCUCUCAGCUGCUGCUGUAAAGAUGCAAGCUCGUUUUUAAAAUGGAAACCCCCAGUUCCUUCUCCAUUUGGGCUGAGUGUGUGCAGGCCAGGUCUCCGCUAUAUCCGAUAAAGCUCCCAAGAUGUUCUUUCUACUCAGCCAGGCAAGGCCAAGCGACCCUCACCUCUCUGGUUGAUGCUCAGACCUUCCAAAACUUGCCUCCACGUGUCCCACAGGAGUGCCAGCACCCGUGGUGUCAGUGUCGGCCGGUCCGGGUUAUCAGGUGGCUUCAGGAAAUGCUCCACACGCUUACCUCUUAGAGGACCCGGUCCCCAGUAACUCCCACAAUCUGCUGUCAGGCAGGGCCUGCCCGGGCCAGACUUCAGCCUCCUGAAGGAAACACACUGGUCCCCUGAGGAAGGGGAGUGGCGCCUGCGGGACAGAUCUCUCCAGCCUUAAGAAGCCCUCCGGGCAGGUGAGCCCAGCCAGCACCAACAGGGGAAAGACCCAGCUCAGAAAGGCAGCCAUUUAGGCAGAAAUUCCAGGGGCCCUGGCAAGGAGGGACAAGCCAUGACCUUCAGGAGAGCCCCCUGGAAAGGACAGGCAGGGGGAACGGAAAGAGGGAGAAAGUCCGUGUUGUCAGGAACAGGGGCCCCACUGGUUCUUCUGCCAGGAUACAGGGGCAGGCUAACCCCAGAGCCACUCACUGCUGGUUUUGAAAUGAUUCUGGAGCAGUAGAAACGAGAGAAGGCCAGUGACCUCCCAGCCGGUGGCAUUAUCGUGAGGAACAAGCCGAGGCAUGUGGACCCUGCCCUGGAACCACCAGCCUGCUGUCUGAAAUCCAGCGGCUCCAGGGGGCUUCAAGCUCUACGGGAGGAAAGUCUCGGCCGGGGGACAGCAUGCCCAGGACAACCCGCAGCAGUACCACCCAGGCAGGAGAGCUGAACGCAGCCCAGCCUCCCUGGGCUCUUGAAUAGCAGGUGCGAUCAGGCCAAGCUUCCGCCCCACGUCUGGCCCAAGGGCAGGCCUCUCCCCAGGUGGGCUCGAGGGGUUGGUUGUGGGCAGCCCACAGCCGGCUGGCAGCCAGGUCUCCACCGUCUUGGCAGCAGUGGCACAGCUAUGUCUUCAGGAGCCCCCAGAAAAUCUAACAGUGGGGGCACUUCCAGAGGGGCCCAUCCAGACAGCAGGUGCUGGGACUCUGGGGCAGAGAGGUAGAGCCAGGAAUCCUUGGCGAGCCCGGGGCAGGGGCCAUGGCCUGUGACACGUGAGUACCAGACUCGGAUCUCUGGGAUCGGCCUCAGCAGGCCCAUCCAGCCCGCCAUCUCCAUGUCCCUGCAGAGACCCUCCCCGAGUCCACGUUGGGCCCACUGGGUUUGCCAAGUCAGGGGCAGGGCUGGCCACAUGAACCCCCAAACGUCAGCUUUGAAAGUUGCUGGGGAGGAGCACGUGUCCUUUCCAGUUUGGGAACUUGAGCCAGUGAGGGCGCCUCUCAAAGUCAGACAGGUACGUGCCCCCCCCCCCGGGGGCGGGUGGGAGGGAUUGUCCUCCUGCCACCGGCAGGCCCUCUGUGCUGCCCUUCCCCCAUCAAGCCUGCCCUGCUUGCUGCUCUCUGCAUAGGGCAGCUCCCACCCAAGCACCUGCACUGCGACCCGGGGGUAAGCGAGGAAACGCACCUCUUUACAGGCAUACACCAGAUUUCUCUAAGGUCUCAAGAUGCACUGUUCAAAAAGGCACAGGGUGAACCAAUUCUCAUUUUCUUUUCUAGACGCAAUAAAUAAGAAAUAUUUAAUGUAGUCAUGAUGACAUUGGACAUAAACUGUAAGGGUUCCUUUAGUUCCUCUGAGUUGAAAAUAUGUAAAUAAUUCUUGUCCCAAGGAGGAGCAGGGCUGGGAAACCUCAUGCUUCUGGGCUACGGGACCGUUCCAGGGAAGUACCUGCUCUCGCCAGCAUGACUCAUGUUUCGUGGGUGCUGAACACAAGGGUGGAGAUGAAAACUGGAACUUCCUUGUAAAUCUGAACUUGGCAAUAAAGAGAAAAAGUUACCAAGAACGUGGCUGCUGCUCCGUGGCUGUGGCGGGAAGGCCACGGCCAGGCGAGGGGAAGGUUCUCGGCCGUCCGCAGCUGCUUGGCGAGGGGCCGCAGCUGGGGCCUCCCUGCCCCCACCCCGGCAUCCCACUUCCUAAAGGGAGGUGGCGUAGCUCCUGCCCAGGGCUGGGAGAGCGCCCCAGGUGCUCCCUUCAGAGAGGGCCCCAGCCCCAGGCAGGUGCCGUGAGCCUGGUCCGCGUCUCUGGCGCUCAGCUGGUGGGCUCCGUCGAGCCUCAGCUUCCACGCCCGGAGAGCGGGCUCCUCACAGCCCUGUCUCGCGGGCCGAACACGGCCGGCGCACCAGGGCGCGGGGAGCCCGGGCGAUGUCGCUGCCACGCCAGGGGAAGCGAGACAGGCUCCCCGCCGAGGACAGUGGGGUGAAGUCGUGCCGGGGCGGCAGCUUUCCCGAGCACACCGACGUGCACCAGCAUGAGCUCUGGAAAUCCCUGGAGAUGGGAUCACGGGUUCUUCCAGAAACUUCUGACUCUCCAGCUCAAGCCUGACCCAGAAACAGCCGGACCUUCUGGGCCUUGAGGUAAAACCCGAGUUGAGUGCAAGGCAUGAAUGGGGCACCCCACUCGUGCCGAGGGUUGCGGUGAUGCCGGUGGAAGGUGUGGGCCGCUCCCCCGUGUCCAGCCUCGCACUGGCCGCCAGCAGGGCUCCCUUCCCCACCGGCCCGGCUUCAGCCCCGGUAGGUUCCUCCGAAGUCUGCCCAUGAGGCCUGCGGCUGAGGUUGGACUCCGCUCUGCACGGGGGGGCCUGCUGGGUGACCGGCGCUGGGCCGGGACCGGCCUGCAGCCUCGCAGGCACACGGACACUCGUGUCAUGACGACUUUGAUCUAGAAAAAGGCACUCGCUGGAAGGAUGCCCAGGGAGAAGGUGGAAGACCGGCCUCAGGACGGGUAGAACCAGGGACGGCAGCUGUUGGGGGUUCGGCUCCCUCCCUCCCCAGGGCUCCCUCCAGAGCGCCUGAGAGCCUCCCUGGGUCAGCUGAGGGCCAGGCCUGGGGUUGGUGCGGGGAGGGGGGGCGACAGGUCAGGGGAGCGGGAGCGAGGAGCCAGGCAUGCGCUCUCCUGCAGCACAGCCCUGCCUUCCCACAGGUGAGGAAACGGAGGCCCAGCAGGGCUCUGCAACCUUCCCACGGGCCCUGGAGAGCAGCCCGGCCCGCGCUUUGUGCUGCCCCCGGCUGCCGGGCCAGGCAUCCCAGGCUGUUUACAGGAAGGAGGCAAGCAGCAGUUCUGGGACGUGAAUGGCUGUCGGAAUCAUCUGGAACACUUGUCCACCGUCUCGAACCACGUGCCGCUCCAGACCUGGUCAGUGAGAGCCGAGACGGUGUCCGGCGGGAGACCCUUGCACGGCGCGGCACGGAGGGCCUCCCGGCUCUUAGGGAAAUGCCGGCCUCUCUUCAGGAGGCAGUCUGGAGCCAGGUCACCCCCGCGCGCUUGGGUCUCCUGUCUGCAAAGCAGGGGUGGGGACAGGCUGCUCCAUGGGUGGCUCGGAUGGGGAGAGCACGCAGGCUUGGUGCUCGACUCAGGGCAGGCGGCCUGGGGGCCCUGGGCUCUUGGUGUGAGACCCUCAGUGGCAGCUUCCACCACCCCCUUCCUGGGAAUGGCCUGUGGCCUGUUCGGUGGCCUUGGGCCAGUCACUGCCUCUCCUAGUCUCCGGUUCUUUGUCUGUAAGGCAGGCUGAGGAGCCCCCAGGCCACAUGUGCCCUCCAACUGGAAGUGGCCCAGUGUUUCCCUGGGACUCUGCCCUGGGGGAGGUGCCCGGCAGGCCUGGCCGAGCCUCCUCUGACGGUACCUAGAAAGUGGAAAGGCAGGUGAGGGCGGGCGGGCGGCGUCCUGCCUGCGAGUGACCUUGCGUCCCCCACAGGAUGACCACUUCCCAGCCGGCUGGUAACCCCUCCCCCUGCUGUCCUGCCUCCUCACGGCCCUUGAGGGCAGUGGGAAAAAAACCCUCAACAUCUGAAGUGCUUUUCUCCAAAGGAAGAUAGGCUUGAAUCACGAAACCGGGAACAGGCGGGGCUUCCUGGGAACUUACUAGAGUGCAGAUGGGGCCGUGCAAGGCCUCCCCACAAACCCCCCGCCAGAACCUCCGCUCCACACCCCCCAGCUCAGCCUCCUCUGGCCCCGCCAGUCCUCCUCCUGGGCCACAGCUAUCCGACCCAGCCUGGUUUCCCCCCAGCACAGUAGCAGGUGCCCACCUGGACACACCAGGCUCAACACCUGAAUGUCACGGCCACCUGAAACCACCUCCCUAGUUCAUUCAAUCUGCGUAUCCAUGCCGAGGCCCCUGAUUUGCAGUGGCUUCUGUGCCAAGCUGGGCUCUGCAUACAUAGAUGAUGGUGAAUAAGAUGGAAAGAAAGGCAGGAGGGCAUCCGGACGUCAGCCUCGGCCCAAGGCACCUGCCUGGGCGGCCACUCGAGGCCCCUGAAGCUGUUCCAGGAGCUUUAGCCUCGGUGCUGAGAGCAGUGGAUGCAGUGGGGGUUUUAAAGCCAAAAAGUGAUGUAAUCUGAUGCGUGUUGGAAGAGAUCGCUGGGCCUGCAGGUGAAGGAUGGUCAGGAGAGGCCCAUCGCAGUGCGGAGGGGUCACUAGGGAAGUGGGUGGCCCGAGACAUAUUUAGGAGGUAAGACCGACAGGUUUGCUGGACUGGCCACAAGGGAGAGAGCUCAGUGUCCCCCAAACAGCCAGCUGUCACCUCCUCUCUCCACUCCUUUCUUCUUUGAUGUGUUUGCUUCUCUUUUACUCUGUUGCUUCCACUGAUUGCCAAAGGAUUACAGGACCCUGGUGACAGUUUGGCAAAGCAUAGAAAAAUAGUAUUUUCCACAAUCCCGCCAUGAAGGGACAGCCCCUGUCGGCACGCUGGCAGAUUUCCUUUCAGUCUUUUUUCUAUACAUUUUAGCAAUUGACAUAAUACAGUGGGUGUGAUUUCAUGUCCUGCUUUUGACACUUAGCCCCCUGGCGUCAGCAUUUCCCGUGUUACUGGAAGCUCCAUUUCCAAAGAGUAUAAAAUGUGGGGGGAUGUGUCCCUCGGGUUAGCUGUUGCCCAGGGGUGGACCUUAAACUUGCUUCCACUUUCAUUAUUUUAAAUUACCCUGCAAUGAACACCUUUACACAUAAACCUUUGUCCGUGUUUUAUAUUAUCAAUCCCUAGAAGAGGUUCCGAGCAUAGGUCAUAGAAACAUAAAUCACUUUAAGGCUCUGGCUGUAAACUGCCAAGUGGCUUUCAGAAAAGGUCGGCCCAUCAACACUCCCACCAGCCAUGUGCCAUUUCACCACAGCUUCCUCUGCCUGAGUGUUGCCAAUUUUUAAAUCCUCCCCAUUCUUACAGCCCAGCGCAAAGCUCACCUCCUCUGCAAAGCCUCCUGGGAUUUCUCUUCUCCAUCCUCCACUUUCCGAGGCCAGUCGCUCGCCUCCCUCCACUUGCCCCGAGUCCAUCCCAGCUGUGGUUGACUUUGGUCUGAUAUUCCCAGGCAUCAGGCAGAUGAGUCCUCCACCCACCCAACUUCCUGGCCCCAACUAGCCAGCACAUUUUGAGCCGCUAUAAGAUGCCAAGAAGCUUCCGAACAGCCUAUGAGGUCAGCAUGAUGCUCUUUUACAGAGGAGGAACUGAGACCCAGCCCAGAGAGGCCAAGUGAUUUACCCAAGGUUGCACAGCUGCUAAGUGGUAUUGCAGGGGCCCGAAUAGCAACAACUCCUGCUUAACGGACACUUCCUUCAGGCCAAGCACAGCUAAGCGAGGUACAUGCCUGAUCUCAUGUACCUCAGCAACCCUACCCGACCGGCACAAUUAUUAUCCCCAUUUUACAAAUGAGGAACCCGAGACCCAAGGUCACCCAGCUCAGGAGUGGUGGAGCCUCGAGCCUGAGUCUGUUAGGCUUCCAGUCACAUUUCUCGCCUCUCAGAGAGCAAAGCCAGGAACCGCCACCCCACGUGCGAGGGGCCGGGCCAAGCAGGCCCCUCGCCAACUCCAGCGAAUUCACAGGAACUGCUCGAAUCCUGCCCUGUCUCCGCAUCUUCUCUUGAACCUGCUUAUCUCCUGCACUUUAUUGACUUGGCUUUCCUGCCAAUCCACCUGGACAGGAACAGCCCUUUUGGGGCAGCCACUGCCAAAUACCUUGGAAACUGCACCCUCUGCCUGGCCUUGGUGGCAUCUGUCACUGAGAAGAGGUGACUCAAAGCCCCACCUCCCUCUGGCCCCUCUCUGGGAGGCCCCGGUGGGCAAGGAGGAAAGGUUUCACUUUCCCCAUCGUUUGAACAUUUAUUCAACAAACAUUGGUUGAGCACCUACUGUGUACCAGGCACUGGGGAGGCAGCAGUGGACAAGUCAGACAGAACUCCGUGCCUCUGGAGCAGACCUCCCAGGAGGGGGAGGCCAGCAAUAAAAUAAGUACAGAAAUUCCGUAGUGACUAGAAAGUACUGAGUGCAUGAGAAGAUACAAAUAGAGGUGAGGUAGGGGUCUCAGGCCAGCUGGUGAGAAGAAGAAAGGGGCUGCUGCAACUUAAUCUAGGAGAUCAGGGAAGGUUGUGCUGAGAAAGGACAUGUGAACAAAGAUGGAAGGAAGUGAGGAAGGGACAGACAUCUGGGGUUAGAGUAUCCCAGCCAGAGGGAACAGCCAGUGCAAAGGCCCUGGGGCACAUUGGAGGAACUGUGAGCGCUGAUGUGGCUGGGGAAGACUCAAGGAGGGUGAGACCUGAGAUGAGUAGGGGUAAUGGGAUGGACUGGGGGUCCUGGGAGGCCACUGGGGGCCCUUGGACUUUUCUCUGAGGCAGAUGGGGAGCCCUGGGAGGACUAUGAGGAGAGGAGGACGAUGUCAUGACCUAGGUUUUAACAGGGUCACCCAGACUGCUGUUUGGAGAAAAUUCUGGAUCAGGGUAAGAAUGGAGGCAGUUGCCAAAAAUCCAGCUCACCAAUCUGACGAGGCCCUGUAGCUUUGCCCCUAGGGCUACGUGUACACACGCUCACGUGUAAAUGUGCACAGGUACACACACGUGCACGUGCAUACACACACCCAUAGACCUUGGGACCAGACAGACCCAGGCUCCACCCCUGACUCCACAACCAACUUUCUUUGUGACCAAGAGCAAGCAACUUCCCAUCUCUGAGCCUCAGUUUCCCCUCCUGGAAGAUGGAAGUUCAGACACCUUCUUCCCAAAGUACCAGUGGGCAAAUCUGCAGUUUGCCGAGAGGAGGGGUGGCGAGUGGGUGGCCCCCAGCGGCACCCACACAAUGACCCUUUCUCCUUGAGGUGCUGUGGAUGGUGAAUGAACUGGUUACCCUGGCUUCUGACUCCAGGGAGUGGCUGCCAGAAGGUGCCUCUGGGCAGGAUUGUCCCAGGCUGGGCAGGGAGCUGCAAGGAACCACCUCUGCCCUUAGGGAGCGCCCAGCCUCUGGGGAGGCAGCCCCAUGAACAGCCCACCACAGGGUCCAGCCAAGGGUCUGGGACCCUCCAGGCUCACACAGAUCCACCUUGGAUGCUUCUAAAUUGUGAGAAGGUAAUCGUGAGAAACACGUGUGGAAGCAUGUUCUGAAGGUUGAACCCACACUUCCCUGCCCUGCGUUACUCCACAAACAUGUAUCAUCAUCCUCGUCAUCUUUAUCUUCACCACCUUUAUCCUCAUCCUCAGCAUCAUCUUCUUCAUUCUCAUCACCUUUAUUAUCUUCUUCUUUCUCCUCAUCCUCACCUUCAUCCUCAUCAUCUUCAUCAUCUUCUUUGUCUUCAUCAUCAUCACUAUCAUCACCUUCAUCCUCAUCCUCAGCAUCCUCUUCAUCACUGUCUUCAUUAUAAUCUUCAUCAUCAUCUUCUUCAUCCUCAUCUUCUUCGUCGUCAAAAUCCUCAUCCUCGUUACCGUCUUCACUGGCCUUUGCAAAGCGUCGCCUCUGUAUCAGGCCCUGUGCUAAGCAUAUUGUUACACUCCAUCUCAUUUAAUCCUCUCAAUAACCUUGUGAGGUGGGUACCAUGAUCUCCCCAUUUUCCAAACUGAGGCACAGACAGAUUACAAGACUUGCCCAAAGUCACAGACCUGGGGGACAGAGCUGGGAUUGAUUUCCACGCUGAUAGGCCUGCUUGAGUGCCCUGACCUUGACCCCAGCCCAGUGGGGAAGCCCCAGUCAUGGCCUGGGCCCUGUUGGCAGGCUUUGCACGCAGGCCCUGCCCUUGCUGGGGUCACUGUACCUCGUCCACGUCUGCACUGAUGCCCUGCCUCUCCUACAGGGCUUUCCCUUUCCCUGGGUCAGGGAGGAUCGGCCCUGCUUCCCAGAGGGGGCAACUGAGGUGGGGAGAGGCAGACUCACUCAGGUGGUAAGCGCAGGAUUCAAACCCAGGUCCUCUCCCCACACUGCACCCAGGGGGGGCUGGUGAGAGGGGGGCAGCCUGUGAGGCUAGGGACAGUGUUACCAACCACGGAGCAUACCCCCCUCCACCGCAGCCUCCAGGGACCCUGUAAAACCACACCCCAUACCCUCAAGUUCCCCCAGUGGCUCUUGAUGUCCCCACUGGGUCCCCCCAAGUGAGAGAGAUGCCUUGGGGGUCUCAAAUAACCUCAGAUCACAGGAGAGAAAGUGAUUCCCCUUUUCUUAUUCCCUUCUGGUCCUUCAGGUGGAGGCAAAGAGAAAACCUCCAUUGGGUGCUUGUCUAUCUUUAACAGCCUUUUGAACAUUUCCUGAUUUCCCCUUUUUGCAAAAGAAAGAACCCCCGCUCCUGCUGCCCCCAAUCUUCAACAGGCAACCUCUGGAGCCAGAAUUGUUUUAUUUUCAUUGUACUUGUUUACAGUUACCCGCUACUUAUGGCAAGUUGGACUGGUGUUUCUCUUGUGGUGAUAUUGUGAAAUGUCCUUUUUGAUUAAAAUUAGCUUUUAAAAUAAAUUUGUUAACCAUA